AUGAGAGUGAAAGCAACUUUGGUGAACUUCAAAUCAAAGCUCUCCAAAUCAUGCAACGGAUUUGCAUCUCUCUUCCGCUUCAGAGUUAAGAGACCUGUCUUCAUUAGACCUUUUCGUCGUGCUCAUCAUGGCAAUGUCAAACCUAGACAUCAUCAUGCCAAGAAGUCAUUCUGUCCUUCCUCUUUUCUGUCUUGUCUCUGUUAUCUCAGCAAAAACAAAGACCAGAAGAUAAGCCAGACCAAACCUUUUAGUGUGAAGGAUGAUGAUUCUUGGAAGUUUACGCAUUCGCCUCUUACGCCAGCAGCAGCCAAGAAACUGUUCACUUCACCUAUCACGACACCUGUUUCUGCGUCAUGGACCAAGAACUCACUGAGAUCAAGAGAAACAUUCGAAGACAAUGCUGUGGAAGAUGCUUGCAAAAGCUUUGAAAACUAUCUUACUCAUCUGAUUGCUGAAGAAGGGACAAUGGAUGAGGUAAUGGACAUAGAGGAGCUUCUCUUCUGCUGGAAGAAUCUUAAGAGUCCUGUCUUCAUUGAACUUGUCUCCAGAUUCUAUGGAGAAUUAUGCAGAGACCUGUUUUCAGGUGAAUGAACGCAUCUUGCAAUGAUCAAAGCAAAAAGCUUUCUUUUUUUAUCA